CACCAUUAUAGCGACUUCCGGCAAACGAUAUGUGGUUUGAGUAAAUGUGACCAAUCAAAUCCAAGAACAGGAAAGGAGCAGCUGCACGCCAUUUUGGAUAUAUUCUGGACAAUGCGUUGUGAUACAAAAUUCCGAUGAAUUAGAAGUGAUUUUGUUUCAAUUCCGAGAAGUAUAGUUGUUAUCUAAAGAUCCCGUGCGUUACAUAACAAGCCCCAUGUCCUCCAUGAUGAAUCCAUCCGGAAUCGCUGAAAGCUAGAUAGUCGCUGCAAAUAGUGGGCGGAACCUCCGGUCGAUCCUCGCCAUGUCCGUGAUCAUCAGGCUGCAGGGCCUGUCAUGGUCCGCCAGCGCCAUGGAUAUCCGAAACUUCUUCAAGGGCCUGAGUAUUCCACCAGGGGGCGUCCGCAUUAUCGGCGGUGAGAAGGGUGACGCCUUUAUAGCCUUUGGCACCGACGAGGACGCCAGACAGGCGAUGAUGAUGUCAAGCAAACUGCUGAAUGAUCUGCCGGUACAGCUGUACCUGAGCAGUAAGACGGAGAUGCAGAACACGAUACUCCAGGCGAAGACAACUACUACGACACCUCCUGUGGUUGAAACACUUACACCUGCGGCCCAGCAGCCCACUCUGCAGAUGACGGGGCCAUCUUCCGGGUUGCUUGCCAACCAGCAAACUUCUGGUGGAGCAACGGGCGUCAAGAUAGACCAGUCCACGUUAGCAUCCCUGAGUCAGAUAUCCGGCCUGCUUCCGGGGAACAUUCAGCAGGCUUUGGGAUUUCUUGCUAGUGCUAACUUAACAAAUCCUCUAGGAACUAAUAACGCACAGGGACAUACAACUGGUGUUCAAAAUAAUCAGACAAAAGGUUUUCAAAGUGUGCUUCCAGGAGAAUAUUCAGUUGGUGGCCAGACUAACAAUGUGGGCCAGUACAGGCCGAAUCAGCAAGCGAACUUUAACAAUUCGAACAUUGUGAACCAAAGUGGAAGUAACCAAGGCCUAGGACAGUAUCCGCAGAACCAGCCUGGAUGGGGACAGCAGCAGCCAUUCAACCCUCAGGGUAACCAGAGUCCACAAAAUACCGUACAUGAGCCUCCAUCGGGUUUCCCCGGGCAACGGCUUCCACCCAUGGGCAAACUGAGUGAACAGGUACACAAGCAACCACAGCAGCCACAAACUUCCGUCAAUCAGUUCGGUAACACAGGGAUGCCAUAUGGACGUGGUCAACCCGCAGUAACAAAACAGAAUGCUGGUCCAGUGUCAUCGUUUGGGAAAUUCUUUCCCACUGGGCAGACCCCGCCCGCCACAUCUGUCGCACGUACAGGCGCACCUGGUGGUAAUUUAUCAAGUCGCGGUAGUUCUACGUCUCUGUCAGACCAAGUAGAUGAAUUUGGUAGAAACAAACCAGUGGAUAAGGUUAAAUCCACAGACACGCGAGACAACAAGCGAGGAAGCAAAGAGAGGGACCGAUCGCGUGACAGGUCACGGGAGCGUUCACGCAGAGACAGCCCACGUGACCGUGACAGAAGAGAUCGUGACUCAUCCCGACGGCGUGACAGGGACGACGACAAGAAGUCACGACGAGAUCGGGAUCGUGACCGCCGCCCGCGUGACCGGGAUAAGGACCGCGACAGUGACUCUUCCAGCAGCAGGCGGGGAACCAGGAAGCGGUCUCUCUCGCCAGACAGCAAGGACAUUAAAGAGCAAGACAAGAAACUUCAGACAAAUAAACCAGGAAGCAAUGUUCCAAGUGCACUGGAGACAGCAUCGAAGCCAUUUACGUUUGAUACAUCCUCGUUGACGUCUAAGAUGACAGUCACAUCUCAAACCGCCAUCCCAUCAGCCACCCCUCCAAGUGUCAGCUCCGUAUCCUCGCCGUUGUUUCCGGUUGUUCCUCCUGCUACUCAAGCGGGGAAAAAUAUUCUUGGACAACCACCAGCCUUUCUCAGGCCGCUCUUAGGACUCGCAACAUCUACAAGUACACCGACUAGCGGACUUAAUCCGCCAAAUAUCCCUAGUCAAGUUCCCCCGAUCUCACAGCACAUGAGUGCCGGGCCUGGGGCACAGUUUCCCGGAAACCAAAGAUAUCCUGGGCCGAGGAGCAUGUUACCGCAGGGAGAUGUCGGUGCAAGGCCGAAUACCAGGAUGCCGCUCAUGGGAAUGGGACCUCAAGGUGCCCAGGAGCCCAACAGAUUUAGACCUCCAAACCCCGCUCAAAAUAGCUAUGGACCUGUACCGCCUGUUUCCGGUAUGAACAGAAUGCCAGCUCCAGGUAAUCGAGAAACAAAUACAUUGUUGCCAAAUCCGCCUUUGGUCAACCAACCGUUUAUUCCAAACCAGAAGGACCAGAACACCAAUGCGCCCUAUGGACGGGGACAGCCCCCACUUGACGGAGGUUUCCGGUCUCCUGUGGGUCGUGAGCAGGGUAACAUGGGGCCGAGAGAUAACUUUAAUAGGCCUAGUGAGGGCCCAGGUUUUGACCACCCACCAGAUCAACAACCGCCUUUUGGUGGCAGAGGACAUCAGCAGUUUGGAGAAGGACCGCCAGUUGGACAGAGACCGCCAGCAUUUCGCGGGAGAGGUGACGGGGGCCCACGGUUUGGCGGCAGAUCAGCUCCUUUACUUCCAAACCCGGACCAGCCGCCUUUUGAAACAGCACACGAUCACAGAGGACCGCCUCCAGAUCAUAGAGGAGCUCCUCCUGGAGCAUUCAGAGAUCGACAGAUGCCGAUCGAUGACCGUCCCUUUGACGAAAGACGGCAUCAUUUUCAUGGAGCACCUGAUAGAGAGGGAAAAUUUGAGAACAGAAGUCCACCACCAUUUGAUGAUUUACACGGAGUUCCGCCGGGACCGCCUUUUGAUAGAGAGGCAAAUAUUCAAGGAAGAGAUAAUUUCAGAUAUCAAUCUCAUAGGGGCCGAGGAAGGGGUGGACAUUAUAUUGACAACAGACGUCCGCCUGACUUCCCGGAACCUCCCGUUGAAGACCAUGGAUUUGGCCCACCGGAGGUCUUUUAUGACGAUCCGCUUGCCAUACGCGACAGGGGAAGACUGGAGCCAGGCGACCGAUUUAACAGGCCACCUAACGACGUGCCGUCUGACUUCCGACCUCCAUUUUCGAAUGAUAGGUUUGAUGGUCGACCCGACGAUAGAUUAGACGGAGAACCAGGUUUUAAUAGUGGCCCCGGGGAGCGAUUUGCUGGUCGAGGCCGAGCCCUUCUUGAUACUCCUCGUGGAAGAGGCGGCGACUUUCCUUUCGAAGGACCACAGGGUCGCGGAGAUGGUCGGCGAUUUGAUGGUCCACCGGGGCGCUUUGAUGGACCACGAGGCUUGGAAUUUGAUGGCCCUCUUGGUCGCGUAGACAACAUGUGCUUUGCUGGUCCACCUGGUCGCGGCGAUGACGGGCGAUUUGAUCGUCCACUUGGGCCUUUUGAUGGACCUCCAGGUCGUGUUGGGCGCGGAGACGAUCGACACUUUGAUGGACCUCCAGGAAGAGAAUUUGAUAGCGGCCCUGGACGCGGCGACGACAUGUGCUUUGAAGGGCCACCCGGGCGUGGCGAUGAUAGACGUUUCCAUGGCCCUCCGGGCCUUAUGGACGGUCCUUUAGGUCGCGAUGACAUUCGAUUCGAUGGCCCUCCGGGACGCAACGAUGACAGGCGCCUCGAUGGUCGUUCUGGCCCCGGCGACGACAGACGAAUCGAUGGACUAAGGGUUCGUGAUGAGAGGCGUUCAGGUGCGCCAACAGCCAACGAAGAUGAUAGACGUUUUGAUGGGCCACGAGUUCGCGAUGAAAGGCACCCAGGUGGACCACCUAGUCAAGGCAACAGACGAAUGGGUGGUCCAACAGGAAGUACGUUCAAUUGCCCACCUGGAAGUGAAGGAUUUGUCGAUAAGCGCUUCGAUGGACCCUUAGGUCAAAGGGAAGAUCGUCGCUUAAGUGAAUCGGAAGACUGGGACAACAGGGUGCCUCCAACUGGGUUCGUAGCCCGUGAGCCUGAUCGCAACAUUGGAGGCGCUCCGGGGAGAAAUGAUGGCCGGCGUUUCAUUGGUUCAGCCAACGACAUAAGACAGGGUGAUUUCAAAGAACGGUUCGAUGACGUGCCUCACAGAGAGGACAGACGUGGUGACGGCCCCGGACCACAGAGGGAUGACCGCCAAGGGGUCGAAAGGCGGUCGGAACGGUCUGACAGUCGAAGAGGGGACGACAAACGUUCAGAGAGGCACAGCGACAGAGACAGGCGUUCCGGAAGGUCAGACGACAGGCGGGUAGAAGACAAAAAAGCUGAUAGGAAACGGUCGGAAGACUCGAGCAGGUCGGACCGGAGGUCUGAGAGGGACAGACGGGAUAGGUCGGAUAGAAGUGACAGAGGCCGGGAGACCAGGGACAAGAAGGAGGAAUCGAAGGACAAGAAUCGAGAUGACAAAAAUAGCUCCAAAGUUUCUACUCGGGAAGAAACGAAAAAACUGGAGGAUAAAUCCAUCGAUUCACCAAAGAAAAACGCAAACGGAGAAUCCACUGCAGCAAUUAAAGAUAAAGAAAAUGCUGAUAUAAGAAAACCAUCUAAUAUUGAUUCUUCCACAAAGAAAGAGUUGGUCAAAGUUAGUGAGAUGGAAAAAAUGUCAACGGACGUUGAAAAGUCAUUAAAAACUGUUUUGAUCUCAAAUCUAGCAAAAGAUGCCACUUAUAAAGAAAUAAGAAAGUUCUUUUCCAAUUGUGACAUUCCUAAAAACGGCAUUAAACUGAUAAAUGACGGCGAGGGGAAACGAACGGAUAAGACGUUCAUACUGUUCUCGGACGAAAUAUCAUUUAAAGAGGCUCUGAAGAAAGAUAGAUUACGACUGAAAGCUUUGCCAAUUGUAAUCAAGCCGGUGCCGAGGACGGAGUAUGACGCGGCCAUAGACAGCUACACGCCGCCCGGAAGUUUGGACCGUGGCAAGGAGGUGGACUUGUGUAACACAAUGAGCGCCACCCUGAGGGCUCUGAAAGGCGAGCCAGAACUUACACUACCGAAGAUAUCAAGUCCAAGACAUCAAGAAGACUUUGUGGUGAAAAUAGAAGCCCUGCCAAAUAAUACCACUUCUGAUGCAAUUCGGAGGCUUUUCCAUGGGUGUGCAAUAGCUAAAAAGGGUGAAGCAAUAUUUAUAGACUCUGACAGUAAACUGCCCUGUACUGGUGUAAGUUAUGUGGAAUUUGAAAAUGAUGAGUCCUUUAAAAAGGCUAUGCAACGGAAAUGGCUGAAUGGCAUAAGCAUAAAGCUGACUCGGUCAAACAAACAGGCCAUUGCGUCCAUGUUAGCGAAAAUGAAAGCUGAAGUUGAAGCCAAUAGGGCGCCAGAGAAAAAAGAUCCUAAACCAAGUGUUCAGUCGGUCCGCCCGGCAGACACAAAGUCCCCAGAUAUAUUUGGCUCCACGAUCUCAACACCGGAAAUCAAACUUGAUUCCGAUCAAGUAUUCCUGCGACUGAAGAAUACGUUGGGUCUCAAAAACUGGGACAUCCGGCCGAUAUUUGAUGGCCUUGGUGUGAAAGUGAUAAACGUCCAGGUUGCUCAUGAUGCCAUUGGUAAACCAGUCGGAGAAGCAUUCGUAGAGUUCGACAACAGUGCAUCGGCACAGAAAGCUCUUCAAAAAAAGAACAAUUUAUAUGUUAAGGGACAGAAGAUUUCGAUGGAACCUUUAAACCGGGUCGAGGCUAUUGAAAGUCUCCGCAUGUCUAAACAAGCCCUGCAGCCGGAGCCUCCGUCACGUGACGACGUGUUCUACUUCGUCAAGGCUUCAGGUCUGCCCAAGAACGCGACUACAGGGGAGUUGAUGAUAUUCUUCACUGGAUACCAGCCGGCCCCGGAGUCCAUCCGCCUGAACAUCGCGGACGGGAACCAGCCGCCAGACACCAGCACGGCACUAAUCGGCUUUCGGGUCCGAGAGGACGCGGAGCGCGCUGUGGGAGAGAAGAACCAGCAGCUUCUCCGGGCACAGAAAGUCCAACUCACCAAGGUUAUACUCUAGUGUGCAACAGUCCGAUAAAGACUUUGUUAUUCCGAACUAGCAGGGCUGCUGAAGUGUUUCAAGGUUUCCUUGUGGCCGUGCGACGUUUGCUUCCAGUCGUGUAUGUUCGCGAUGGAAGUGUCAGCUGAGUGGGACCUGGGCGGCCCAUCCCACACCCCGACAACCCCAACCCAUCUUCUCGGUCCACGGAUACAGAAAAGAUUGCUGCUUAAUCGAGUUAACAUGAUUGUGGUGGACGUGUGUACAUACGUUUUAAAACAUUCAUAUGAUCCACAUGGUGGUUUAUUGACUGACAUGUAUUUCAAACUGUGCCUUGCCGAAUAUCUGAUGCAUCGUGUGCUGUUAAGUACUGCUAUUGGGGUUCAUGUUAAUCAUUGCUCAUUCCCAUUUGUACAUAAUCGAGAAUACUAGUACAUGUGAACUGGUUACAAUUUUGUUGAAGAUUUGAAAGAGACUUGGAAAUACAUUUGCUUGAAGAGCGUUAGUGUUUAAAUUUUAAUUUAGUCGUUGUUAUUUGCAGAUAUUUUAUCAUUGGAACGUUAUCGGACGUUCCUGUUUUAGUGAUUUCAUUGUAAAUAUCACAUAACAUAGGCAUAUGUAUCAUUUUCACUGUUUUAAAACCGAAAUUUAGCUUUAUGGUGUUCAUGUUAAGUAAUUUAAAAAAAAACAACAUUUUAAAUCACAGUAAUCAUAUCACAUUGCUCGCCUUUACAUCAUCACUACCGAGAACAUCUGUCAAAUCAGUGUAUGUGUAAAAUUGUAAAUACAUUGUGUUCAUAGUAUUUUAUCAAAACUGUUCAUGCUGUUAUUGAACUUGUGUAUUUCAUUGUGAAAAUUACUGUACACAAUGUUGUUUCUGGUCAAAAUCUAGAAUAAACAAAUAUUUAAACGCA